ACCAUUGCACAGCUGCAAGGGGUUCCCGAUCUAUAUAACCUUGCGCACUCCCUCGAUACCUCGAGAUACUCGCAGGCACCAUGGCUUCCUUCCAGAAAGCCGUUGUUUCGCUACUCCUAAUCCUCUCGAUCGCUUUCCUCUUCUUUGCUGAGUCCGCCGAGGCUGCAAAGGGGCCAUUUAUUGGCAAACAGGUCUUCUUUGACAUUACCCACGGCGAUGAGAAACUAGGCCGUAUCGUUAUCGGCUUGUACAGCAAGACCGUUCCCAAGACCGCCGAGAACUUCCGUGCUUUAGCUACCGGCGAGAAAGGUUACGGUUACCAAGACUCCACUUUCCACCGUGUCAUCAAGGACUUCAUGAUCCAGGGCGGGGAUUUUACAAAUGGAGACGGGACCGGCGGCAAGUCUAUUUACGGCGAGAAGUUCCCGGAUGAAAACUUCAAGUUGAAGCAUACACGCAAGGGUCUCCUUAGCAUGGCCAACAGCGGAAAGGACACAAACGGCAGCCAGUUCUUCAUCACCACUGCCAUCACUAGCUGGCUCGACGGUCGCCACGUCGUCUUCGGAGAGGUCCUUGAGGGAUACGACAUUGUGGAGAAAAUUGAGAACGUGCCCAAGGGCGCUGGAGACAAGCCGAGCAAGACUGUCAAGAUUGCCAAGAGCGGAGAGCUCGAAGUGCCAGCGGAAGGUAUUCACGCGGAACUCUAGACAUCAGUAUGCAUUCUUUGCUAUUGUGUCAACCCCUCAUCUCGGAGAGCUGCUGAUAUUUCCCCUUUUUCAAGAUUUAUACGGAGUUGCUGAGCCUGCCAUCCCUGGCGACAAUCUCGAUGUCACGACAACCACAGUCGGCGGUGAUCAGGCUAGCAUUGCAGAGUCUUCCAAGACUUCUUCCACCAAGUCCAAGAUCUCUGGCCUGGCUGCCGCUGCUGUAUCUUCCACUAGCUCCAUUGAUGGCCUUUCCAUGGGUCAGAAGCUCUUCUUUGUCACCGCUAUCGUUGGUGUUUGUGUGCUCUUUCUGAAGUCCAGGAAUGGUGGUCAGGGCAGCUUUUCAGGAGGACUCAAGGAGAAAAGCAUGGCUUAGAUUAUAAAGCAAUGCGAAACGUUCAUUUGGACAUUCAUCGUGAUUGCUUUUUAAUAAUAAUAGGCUAGGGGUUCUCCAACAUAAUCACAUGUUCUUGCUGCAUA